GGGGAGAUUUUCCACAUUGCUCCAAAUCGCACGUACGCUCAACAGCGCAGCAAGCAAGAAAAGUAUUAGCUCAGUGUCUCCAGAAGAAAACAAAAUUCUGCUCGACGCAGUUAAACUAAAUCCGCCAAGAUUUUACGAAAGAAGAAGUAUGAGUAUUAGAGCCAGUCAGGCGUUGAGUAAUUUUGAACGUAGUAAAAACGAAGACAUCAUGCCAAGUUUAAUUUCCAGUAAUUGCGGGAUGUCGAGCAAAUACAUCGAGGAAGGCAUGUAUGAGGGAAUGCGCCAACAGCAGCAGCACUACUGUAUAACGCUGGGCGUGGGGCCUCUGUGGUGGUCCGAUGCGCCCCAUGCCGCCUUGUCUGUCUCAACAGUCAACACAGAGAGCCGCGGCGUGGGGAUUAAGCAGAGUCAGCUCUCUGUGAGCUCCCAAAUUGUUCAAGAGAAUGAACUAUUAAAUGAAUUGAAGAAUCAGGAAUCAUUGCGUAUAACAUUCGCACUCCAAUUGACCGAAAGCACUUGUGUUAAGUGGGAAACAGUUGUGUGGAAGGGUUGUCUCUACAUCCAAGUUCCUAGCUGUCUCCUUCCGGAGGGUUCGAAAGAGGGAUUUGUUUCUCUUCUCGAAUAUGCGGAAGAAACUCUCCACUGCACCAAUGUUGUUGUUUGCCUGAGGAAGGAUCGCACCGAUCGAGCUAUGCUUGUUCGAACCUUCAUGUUCCUCGGCUUCACAGUCUUACCACCAACCCAUGCACUCGUGCCACCCGGCAAUGAUUCUGGCAAUCUUUACAUGCUCUAUGCUAUCGAGUAAUCUACCAACUACGUGACUUCACUUUUAAAUCUAACUCAGAGGUACCAGUUUUAUACGUUAAAGAUAAGGCAUAUAGGAGUCAAUUGCAGGGAAUUGAAAAGAGAAACAAUAAAAUUCGUUAUAAUUUGUCAUAUUAAUGUUUUUUGUUUGCUGCCCGCGCCAUAUGCUGCAAUUUUCUUAAUAUUUCCAGAAAAUUGCUAAGCAGCAAUUUGAGUUUUAUUCGUUAUUUCGAUGUGAAAUUGUUCAGCUAUGGAAAGCUGGUGAAUGUUCAAUUAUUAUUGUAGCCUUCUACCAACAUAUAUACUGUUACCUAUGAGUUAAGUUUAAGAAAUUGAAGUAUACAACAAAGAUAGUCAUGCUUAGAGCUUAAAAUAUAGACAUUUAAUAAAUUGUUAAAUUAUCAUUCUCUUGAACAAUUUUAAUAAUGAUAAAACAUCCAAUUAUUACACGCUCACAAAAUAUCCCACGUCUUGAAUGCUGCUUGAACACUUGACCAUUUUUAUUUCACAUGUUGUAUAACAUCAUAGAAACUUUAUGGUAAGAUUGACGAGCUAGCAGUAUUAAAUUUAUUAUUGAUUAAACUUUGCGUUAAUCGUGACAGGUUGGGAGUUAUUAUAAUUUAUCAUUUCAUCCAAUAUUAAUAUAAUUUUAUUAUUAUACUAAUAAUCAUAUAUUAUAUAUUACUAUUAUUGUUAUUGUUAUACUUGCGUGUAAGUGAACAAGAUAAUAUGCAUUAGCUACUUCAACAUUUUUCAGCUAACAAGAAUCAAAUUGCAAUAUUUAACAACUUUUCACUGGUUCUGAGGAAGUGAUCAAAAUGACAUAUUCACCACAUUUUUUAACAACAUAGUCGGCUAAUCAGUGAAAAUAUACCAAUACUUGCACUUUGCUCUUUACUCUGAUGAAUGAUUACUAAUUUUCAAAUAUGUCGCACAAUUUUUGUGAUCUUAGCAAUCAACAUGUUUCAAAUAACGUAUUUGCGAGUGUUGAAUUCCUGAAGGAUCCGAUUUCACUGUUUUCAGCAAAUAGCAAAUAUUUUAUCUUUGUGCAAAGACGUAUGUAAAGCCAUUCCUGACUUCAUUGAAUAUUACUUGGUAAGCCUUUUGGUAUAUGCAAUCAAUCGAUAACCUGCGUAUGGAUCACCAGAAAGUGAUGCCAUCUUACGAUUUGUAUUAGAUGUAAAGCAUAUUCUAAUAUAUAUCUCCAGAACUCAUUGCAAUGAUUCUAUGUUGCGAACACUGCAAGCAUAUUGUUGAGUAUUUUAUUCAUUCUACGUAUUAGUUUAUAAUUAAUUUUAUUAUAAUUAAUCAACUUUAUUUUAGAUUUUAAGUAUGAUUAUUUGAUAACUCCCAAUGCAUUAACGCUUAAAGAAUUCUUGAUAAUGAAUACGCCUCAAAAGUUGAACUGGCGCAGACAAGUAAAAAAAAAAUUAUGCAUAAAAAAAAAGUAAAAAAAAUUUGCAAAAUAUAAAAAAAUAAAAACAAAAGAUAUUCAAUUAAUUAGUUGCCUGUAGGUAAAUUGAAUCGCUGGGCCGUUUUGUGUAAAAUCCAACUUUCUGUUUUUCAUAGAUGUUCCAAGUAUAUACGUGUAUACAUUACUGAUUACAGUUUUUUGGUAAAAGAAGAGAUAAUAUAAACCAUUCAUUUCAAUCUAAUAUGAAGAUAAAAAGAAAGAGUAGAUUUUAUGCAAUGCGGACCAUCGUAUUUAGUAUUAUGAUAACAUGAUAUUAUAUACAUACAUAUACAUGAUCACUCUAAAUCUUAUUAUGCUACAUUUAAUAUUCAUACUUGAAAAGUGAUUGCUAAAUAAAAAUCAAAUAAAACUUUAA